CUCAAGAAAAUAAUGGUCUGUCCCUUAGUAAUAUUGUACCCAAACCCUCCUCCUCGCAAGGUGCACCCUUAUUCUAGAGUACGAAAUACAAACAUGAUAAUCUUACUGCUGUACUCUGUAGGUCGCGUGUCGAGAAAUUUCUAGAUACAUCUUAAAGGCACUAUUCUACGUUUUGAAGUAUACGGCACGUGGCAAAACGAAUGCAACGAUAUAUUCGUCAUGCCCUUAUCAACCUCAACAAUACCGCAACGCCGACUUGAAAAAAUUUGUUGGCUCCAAAUUUUAGCAUAAGCGAUGAAAAGAUGCAAUAUCCAAUAAGACUGCAAGAACAACAAAUAAUAGACACUGAAAUGUUACAUAAAAACCGUUGGAAACCGUAGAAGUGCUGAAGAAGAGCACAAUGGUAUUUUAAGUGAUAUUACAACAUAUACUUUUAGUUGAUAUCGAUAAAGGCCAUCAUGGUGAUUCCAAGAGGAUAAUGAAAACGAUAAAGAGAGCGAUUGGAAGCAGAUAAAUGACUUUACAAGUGUCUCUGUGCGUUUGAAACUGCAUCUUAUUGCCAACAAACUGGAUUGUGAAUCGCCAAAAAUUUCUUAACUGAAUAUAUCUAUGUUUAAAAAAAACGCCGUUUAAAAUUUUGGCGGUAAAGUGAAACAUUCACGACAUUUUCGUUUUGGGACUACCUAUAUAUAUGUCUAAAAUCUUCUACUGAGUUGCUGAAUUUUGUCGAAGUGUCUAUAAAUAAUCUUAUCUAUGUGUUGCAAUACAAUCUAAGAGGUACGUGUAAGCUAUGUUGAGAUUGGCGUCUGGUUUAUAACGUCAUUCAUGACAUGAAGCUCUGCUAAGUACAAGGUUUCCUAUUGGACAGACUUGUAGACGCUGUCCUCUCGCUUUAAAAAGCAGUGACAAGAUAACCCCGGGCAUUUUCCUGACAGACUUUGGCUUGAACGCACAACCAUCGUAAGUGGUUUGGGAAUUUUUGAUAUUAGGUCCAUUCGUUAUGGCACGCCUUCGACAGCGGCCGAUAAAACCCUCGAGGACCUCAAAAUUGACAAAGUUAUCUUGCGAGUUGUUGUGUGUAAGUUUACAAGCCCUGAACCUGCCCACAUCCGGCUCUCGCAUUCGACUGCUGGAGAUGUUAAGCUUCGCAUCAAACCCAGUCAGGCCCCGGGGCCGCAUCUCUUCUGGAAGAGUGACAAAGUUUCCGCAUUUGAUUUCUUCAUCUCUUGCGCGAAAGCAGGCACGACGGCGUGCCAAUGAUGAAGUCACUGAUCAAUCGCCGUUCACACUCGUCCAGAGUAGCUUAAAACCACGACAACGUUUGUCCACUCCUGGUUUGUCAGUGCAUGAGCCUAUUGAAAACCCAGUCGUAUUCUUUGAAGCCAGUGAUACGAUGAUGCCCCCUGAUCAGCUCUCGUUAAUGCAAGCUGCCGCAACGCCCUCGGUCAAAGUGCCACUCUCUACCCUUAACCGCCACGAUGGUCAGUUGGUUAGCGUCAUAAAUGUUCCAACGCAAAAUCAUCGAGCGCGGUCCAGCGUCACAACUCCACUGGGCGUUAACCGCCACCUGUACACACGUCCAGAGGAGGAAGAGGAGGGAAGAUUCUGUGAAAAACGUGCCCAUUCCCAAGUGACGGUAGCGGCCCAACAGCGAGCCGAGGCUGCGUAUAGACGACAGCGCAUGGCACAAGAAAGAGAGCAGACCGCUGUUUUGCGGGCUGAGAUGGAGGUGGAGCGGGCUCGUAUGCUGAAGGAAAUGACUGGCGGGAGUAGAAGGCCUUCAUACUGCGUAGAACUGGAGGAUCUGAAGGAAGAGGCGCCCCAUGAAGUCCGUGAAAACCUGGACAAAUGUCUACAAGAUUACUUCGUUGAAGAAAAGAAUGCCAAAAAUUCGCAUUUCAAUGGAUACUCGACGUCUGCAGAAGUGAUAAAAAGCGAAUCUAGAGGAGAGAUUGGUGAAGAACAAAAUAUCCAGGACGGGGUACAAGCGGACGAUGAAAACGGAAAUACAGCGGAGAGAAAAAGUAGCACUGGAGAACAGGACGAUCAGCAUUGUCCUGAAAAGCAAAAUUUGUUACAAACAAUAGCUCGUUCAGCCCAAGCUUCUCCCAGCAACGUUUGCAUCGAGGAAAACGAGCAAACCAGAGAUCAAUUGCGGAACGGGGAUGAAACGCUGGAACAAAUCGCAGGAAUAACGGAUGGAUCGAGAGAAUCAAACAAGUCUCAGGAUGCGUCAAUUACUGAAAAUACAGACGUGAGUCAGCAUCAAACUGUUGAGAAACCGGCGAACGACAGCAACGACAUGGAAACGAUUGCUAACGAAGAUUCAUCGAUGGCGCUCGAGAAUCGAACGGAUAAUGACGAGAAUCAGGAGAUAAAAGUAGAACAUAAUCCAGCAGGACUCGAACAUGUACAGGACACAACUUACAACGUAAAUUCUGACCUCAGUGACUCUGAACCGAUUAGAAUCGCUGACGAUUUGAAUGCGGAACAAAUGUUAAGCUCUCACUCUGGGGGAUCGGUUGAAGAGAAAGAACAACAACAACACGGUAUAGAACUCAACAAAAACAUCCAUAAUGGUUCAGAACAGACUCAGCCAGUUGACUUGUCUACAGAUCAAGAUAUAGAGUCACUAAAAAGAGAAAAAGACGACACAGAACUUGAUGAGAGUAACGUUACCCAGCAAGUGACUUUAGGACACGAGAAAAUUGAUCAGCUUUAAGACGUUAGUAAUGAGUUCAAACAAUUCUCGUUCUCUAUGACCGGUGGGGUUUGGGUACAACUUAAGAGCCGAAAACAGCCCUUCGUUUUUCGUGCUUACUAAGGACUCCCGCAGCAAAAAGCUUGAAUGACUCUGGGACAAAAAUGAUUACAAAUGAAAUAUAUACGAGAAAGACAAAGUAUACCAGAGAUAAAGUAUAAGAAAAUGAAAAAAGAAAUAUAAGUCAAUGUUUAUAUCACCUAGAGUAAAUGAAUUUUCUUAGAACUGUUACGAGAGGAUUUACUGUAGCUUAGGCAUUUUUUUGUUGAUCGAAAAUUCUAGGAAAGCCAACGGUAGUUUUCCAAUUAAAUGUAACAAGUAGGACUUCCUUUUUAUUAUGUUGUGUUGGAAAAUAGUAUUUCGAACAUGGCCGCCUAUAGUUGGAUUUAGAAGUUAAACAUCCUAGGUCUUCAUUAAUUGCCUUGAGUUUUCACUCGUCAUUGGAAAACAACCAGCUGAACAUACGCUCUUAUAUUAGUUUUAUUCAAGAGUUAGUUUUCCUUAGUGGCACAACUCAAACAUUGCCAUUGUAGAAACACUUUGCUCUAUCUUAAUUUCAAGCUGUGAAUUUUAAUUUUAAUUCGCUAUUUUUAAUUUCGGACACUUGAAAGUGUUGGUUAGAAUAAGAUGCAUUGUUGUAAUUAUAAACACUUGAUGUGUAAUGAGUGAUAUAUAAGCAAGUGCAUUUGUGAAGCUUUUCGAUUACAUUGAUGACUACAUCGUGGAUUACAUCGACGAAUCGAAAACGUAUAACGCACGUGCACAGCUAUUGUUCUAUUCAUUGAACCUUUUGUUUGGAGGCGUU